GCUACAAAAGCCUCUGUUGCGGCGAUAAUGAUACCUAGGAACCACAACAACAGUAACAAAGCCUCGAGUGUCUAACUGGGAAAGCAACCUCGUACCGAGUUCUCUGCAACCGGAGUUGAAGCCUCGAACGGCCACUCGAAAAGGUAAAGUUGCCGAGGUAACUUGUGAACACCUACACCCUCCAUCUCAGGAACACCUCGUACUCUCAACAGCAACCACUGCACACAGAAUAAGCUUUGCCCUCCCAGAAACUCUCUCGGGGUAGCAAGGCGACGGAACCAUGAUCGAAGUCAUCUACAUCGUGCGGCACGCGUUCCGCGCCAACUGGUCCGUUGACCCCCAAACGGGUAUCUACACCGCCUCUAUGGCAAGGACUCCGACCGGGAUACCCACUGAUCCGCCUCUGACGUCCAAAGGUGUGGACCAGAGCAAGGAGUUGGCCGAGUUUCUGAGUAAGAUCGAACCCCCGGUUGAGAGAAUCUACUCAAGCCCUUUCUAUCGCUGUUUGCAGACUCUUAAGCCAUUCAGCGAUAAGCUGUUUGAGGAGGGAAAGGCAAAGGGGAGGAUCAGGAUUGAUCGUGGCAUUGGAGAGUUUUUUGGGCGCGCACACUUUGAACACCCUAAUCCACCGCAUCUCGAGCUUCUGACUCCUCAUUUCCGGAACUUAGACGACCAAUAUGCGUCUGUACACAUGCCGGGAUCCAACGGCGAGUUGAUCGUGGAGCUACACGAACGUGUUAGGAACGCACUAGAUCACAUCGUCACCACACUGGAUAACGACCCCGAGCAGCCGAAGACCGUCUUGUUAUGCACCCACGCUGCGACUAUGAUAGCAGCCGGCCGGGUGCUCACGGGAAAAAUGCCGGAGAACCCCGACGAAGAUGACUUCCAGUGCUUCACGGCCGGGCUGUCCAAGUAUGUGAGGAGAUCAGCGGACCCCAUGAAAGGCGUUGCUGGAAACUGGGAAUGCGAAAUGAACUCCGAGACGUCUUACCUCUCGGGCGGAGCAGAGAGAGGCUGGCACUUCAGUGGCGAAGAGAGUUUUGUAGACUUCUCGGAUAGCGGUACAAAAGGUGAGGAAAGCUCGAAGUUGUGAAAAGUAGAGGCAGUCUCACUUGCAAGAGAUGGGAUAUGAUGUUUGUCUGUUCGCUUGCCAAAUGAUGAAACUACGGCAGCUGUUCUUGCAUUCACGGAGGUUUUGGUUUCCGCAUCAGGCUACGAAGAUACCCAGAAAUACCCUCUCUUUCUCGAAAUCAAUUCUAUUUCAGUGA